AUGCGAUCCUUUAAACUUCUAGUAUCGGUCGCUGCUGUCCUUCCAGCUGUUGCCGUAUCAGCGCCUAAGAAGCUUCUUAGUGGCGGGACCAUAGUUGCCUUUGAUCAUGAAACCGAAUCCUUAAAGGUGAUUCGAGGCGGCUCCAUUCUCAUCGACGGAGAUCGAAUUGAAAAAGUUUUUGAGGACGCCAAAGAAGCGAAUGCCAGCAUACCCAUCAUUGACACCACUUUAGAGACAGGCGACAGUUCGACAAGUGUCGAAGUCAUUGAUUGCACGAACAAGAUCAUCACGCCUGGCUUCAUUGAUACUCACCGCCAUGGAUGGCAAACAGUUUUCAAGACUAUGGGCUCCAACACAACACUCCCCGACUACCUAUGGAGAUAUAGCGCUGUGGUAGCUGAGCCGCUUUUUACGCCCGAUGAUCUGUACAUCAGCCAGUUGGUCGGGCUAUAUGAGGCAGUGGCCGCGGGUGUUACAACAACUCUGGAUCAUGCCCAUCACACUUGGAGUUCGGAUGCCGCCACGGCCGGUCUUCGUGCCACGAUCGAUAGCGGCUUGAGAGUCUUUUGGGCAUACGCAUUCCAACCCGUAUAUGAAAAUUUUCCCAUUCAUGAACAGAUAUCCCAAUGGAAGCAGCUGGUAUCCCAGGUGGCAGGCACCGUCACAGAACUUGCAGUGGCAUACGAUUUUUGGACUGAAAGUCCCUUCAUAGACAAAGCAACCACGGACAACGUUAUCAACCUCCUCAAGCUUUUGCAGAGACCCUUUAAAUCUGACAAGUUCUGCUAUAGCGAAUACAAGCCGCUUUUGACUACUCAUCACGUCGAGGGCCCUUGGCUAAUGGGAAACAGCCCGCAAGACUUGAACGAGGCAGGCAUUCUCAGCUCCAGCAUACCGAUUGUGUUCUCUCACAGCUCCUUUAUCGACACGAGGGGUGCAAACCUCCUGAGAGCCACCAACAAGCACAUUUCCAUCACGCCCGAGAGCGAGAUGCACUACGGCCACACUCACCCUACUUCCCAUUUCAUUCUUGACCAGGCGUCACUAGGCGUCGACACCCACUUCACCUUCUCCACGGAUAUUCUCACCCAGGCUCGUCUGUACUUGCAAUCUGUGCGUUACCGCCUCUUUCAGAAGCCGCUCGACCGCUGGCAGGUAACCGCCAACAGUCCCUUCUCGGUCAACCAGGCGUUCCUCCUGGCCACCCGGAACGGUGGGCUCGCCCUCGGUCGAAAAGAUCUGGGCGUGAUUGCCCCCGAUGCCAAGGCCGACAUCGUGGUCUGGGAUGGCCGCUCGCCGGCGCUACUGGGAUGGGCGGACCCCGUUGCAGCCAUCAUUCUGCACGCCAGCGUCGGCGACAUUGAACACGUUCUUGUCAACGGCGAGUUCAAGAAGCGAGACAAGAGGCUGGUUGUUGAGGGCUAUGACGAGGCCGUGGAUAAGUUCCUCGAAGCUGCCAAGAGGAUCCAGGACACUUUGAGGAAGCUGCCCCUCCCCUCACAAGAGGGGGCCUUUCUCACCGGUACUCCGUUGGGUCAGGCUGAAACAUUGGAUGUCCUUCGAGGCGAUGGGAAUGGAUACGGCCCGCAGUUUGUUUGA